CUGAUUGAAGAUGCUUCCUGCUGUCAGACACCACAGAUCCCUGCAGAGUGCCGUACUGGAUCAGAUGCCUGAUACCUGAAAUUUCCACUGACAAACCCAUGAAAAGUCCCUGGGCAACUGUACAAGAGAUGAAUUUUUAAAAAAAGUUCCUUCGCUGCUCGCAGCAAAAUCUGGGCCCAUGAGAGUACUGGAGGGAAGAGAUGAGCCAAUACUUGUCAUGUUGUUAAGAGAUUCAAGGCUUAUCAAGGUUGUUAGUGCUGGUGCAUGGAUUCUAUGUCAGGCGUUCAUUCUCAACAUGAAGCAUGCCCAGGACAGUUUGGAGUGCAGACUACUUGAGAAUAUGCUGGAAAAGGUAAAUAUGGAUAAUUUUGAGGAAGACUUAACUUGUUCUGUAUGCUACUCCAUCUUUGAAGAUCCUCGUGUAUUGCCUUGUUCUCACACUUUUUGUAGAACCUGUUUGGAAAACAUUGUUCAUGAAUCAGGAAAUUUUUCCAUUUGGCGACCUCUCCGAAUCCCACUGAAAUGUCCUACUUGUAGAAGUAUUGUGGAUCUUCCCCCAGUGGGCACAAGCUCAUUACCAAUAAACUUUUCACUGAUGGGAAUUAUUGAGAAAUACCAGAAAGAAGAACACCCAAAGACUCCAACAUGCCCAGAGCACUUCAGGCAACCGUUAAACAUGUUCUGUUUGUUGGACCGUAAAUUGGUAUGUGGUUAUUGCUUAACAGUGGGUCAGCAUCAAGGACAUCCCAUUGAUGAUCUCCAGAAUGCUUAUAUUAAAGAAAAGGAGACAACUAGCAAAUUUGUUGAGCAGCUGACUGAUCAACAUUGGGCCGAAGUAUCCAUUUUCAUUGAACAACUGGAGUGUCAGAAAUCACAAGCGGAACAAAUCAUUCAACAAGAUAAAGAAACAGUCAUCGAGUAUUUUGAGAAUCUCCAAAAAACAUUGGAAAGCAAAAAGCAAGCUCUUCUGGUUGCUUUUGAUGAAGUCAACUUAAAGAUUACCAAUGAGUAUGUUCCAUUAAUUCAAAAAAUGCAAAAACUGAAGGAAGAACAACAUGACCUUCUAGCAUUUAGUACAUAUUUAGGAGAUGAAAAUGAUCCCUUGGCUUUUCUUGAGAAAAUUCAUAUCUACCGUCAGAGGGUGAAUACUUUAAUGAAAACGCAGCUUCCAUUUAUUCGCCUGCUAAAUAUACAACCACGAGCAGGACAAUUUCUGAUGCAAAAAUGGUCAAAAGUUACACUUGACCGUAUUGAAGAUGCACCAAUUCCGCAAGUGAAACAUUGUUUGGAAAAUCACUGGAAUAAAUAUCUCGCAAUAUGUAUCAAUCAAAUGAAGGAAUUUUCUCAAAGAUCUGUUGCUUCAGCUGUAUUUUUAACACUGCUGUUCUUGCUAAUCGUUUCAUUGAGUGUUUUGCUCAAGGAUUCUUGUGUUGAUUUGUUAAAUGCUACAGUUAUCGAUCUCCCACUAGUGAAACAGAUGUGUGAUUUAAUGCUAGAAGUUUGUGCUGGACUUCAUUUUUUGAAGCUUGCUUUGGAACAUUCUGUACAAUCACUGAUUAAUUUUUUUUGCCAACUGACAGUUUCUUUUCCUUGCAUUUAUCAAAUAUUUGGUUUUCAAUUAAGUACUGUUUUUCAAUAUGCUUCAAACAGUUUACAGAGUUUACUUUCAUCUGAAAGUUACGAACAAACUUAACUGAAAAAUGAAAUUACUCCUCUAGCCGUAUUAGUCAUUCAUUGACUGUACCAUAAGUAGGGUAUGCCAUAAACAUCUAGAAAUCAAAGUUACAUCUUUAAAUGUUUUCUAAAGGAAGGAUCGACAUUUUUUUACAUUGGUGUAAUCUUGUUAUUUUAGCUGAGGAAUGAUAGUAGUAAACUUUAUUAAUUUCUAUCAAAACCCAGCAUUCAUAUCAAGCACUUCCAGUUUAUUAUAGCUCAGGUUAUAACAUAAAAGUAAUUGGGGAACCAAAAGCAUAGUCACCAUUUAUCCAACAUUUCUGUACUCCCUUAAAAAUGAUUGCCUGUUAUUUUGCAUUUGCUUUAUGCAGUCCAAACUCAUUUUAAUUAGAAAUUUUUAAUUUGAACUGGAUUUAAAGUUAAUUAUUAGAGGUAGGUGGUGUAAUGUAGUUUUAAAUAAGAUCUACUAAGUUGAGGAAUGUUAGUGCUGAAGAAUGGAACACUUUGCAUUUCAAUCUACCAGUCUUAAUGUUGAAUACUGCCAGGUCAGAUUUGAACAGCCGGUUGUAGAUGGGGUUGCUGAUCCUUCUGGAUUGGAUGGGAAUCUCCUGGAAUGAGAAUAAUUUGCUAUGAGUAACUUAGGGAGAAAAUGAAAAAAAGUAGCAUUGAGUAGCACUUUGUACAGGGGAAAGACAGCACUUUGACAAGUGUGUGCAGGCUACUAAGGAAAGGGCAUCUUUUCGUGAGCUGUUCUUGUUUUGGCGGCAAUAGUACCCAUCUCUGGUAAAUACUCGUAACUUUUCUAUUCCAAUCAGUUUCCUUCCUCCCCUCUCCUAUUUUCACUGUGUUUUAUGAGUCUUCUGGAAUCGAAGGUGAAUCUCUUGAGCAAGGCUUCUCGCAACCUAGAAGAGAAAGUAAAGCUUUGUGCCUAGUUUGCACCUAUGCAAUUCAUUUGCCUGCUCCUGGAAUUCUCAGCUUCUCAUGAGCCAUUGAGGACCCAACCUUUUAGGAAAAUGCAAUAUUUGCAAACUAUUAGGCUGCAUCACAGCAUCAAGUCAUCCAGGAAUACAUCCAGAGUUGAAAAUCAUAGAGCCAGAGUAAAAUUUCUAUGCUUUUGUUGCAGUAAUGUCUCAACUUGAACCUCCCCUCUUUACAACUGACCCCCCUGCCCUCAAGGUAUGCAAAGAAGCCCACAUGCUGAAAUCUAUUCUCAUGCCUUUGAACUUUGAAGCCCAGAUCUUCAUUUGCCUGGAGCAUUCCCAACAGGACAACUGUGAUGAUCUUCCUCCUAAUCUUUUUCCUUUGUUCAUACACUCAGUAUGGAAAUAUUGCAGGAAAGAGAAGGGAAGUAUUUCAGAAACAAGAAAUUGGUAAAACAAAAGCAAAUCCUGUGACUAAAUUCUCAGGAUGAAGGUAAUUAAAUUAAUCUCAACACCAUUGCUUCCUCUCAUGAUGUUGAGCUGAAAAGGUCAAUUAUGUCCCACACGAUGGAGGUAGUGACAAUUGAGUGAUUUCCUUGGCCAUUUCAGAGGUCACUUAAGAGUCAACCACAUUGCUGUGGUUGGAGUCACAAUAUAGUCAGACCAUGUAAGGACUGCAAGUUUCCUUCCUUAAAGGACAUUAGUGAACCAGAUGGAUUUUCACAACAAUUCAGUGGUUUUAUGGUCAUUGUUGUUGAUAUUAGCUUUGCACCCGAUUUAAUUGACUGAAUAUAAAGUCUGCAACUACCAUAGUGAGAUUGAUACAAUUGUAAAAUUUUCAUUCAGUUAAACAGCCUGUUGGAAGUACAGUCUGGUAGUUGAUAAUUUGACAAUGUUAUGUUUUAUCCUCAAGAUCAGGGCCAGCUAAAAGUCCAUAAUUGUUGUCCUCAUGUACCUGAGGUUCAGGUCCUGUGAUAAAGGGAUUCCCAGAGGGAAGAAAAGCUGACAAAGCAAGGGAUAGCAACAGGAGUAUUUUGCAAUAUUUUCCGAUACCUCCUGAAAAUUGUGGAACAGUGGGACAUUUUUUUGUAGAAUGAGAUUUUAUUGUAACAACCUCAGUCUCAUGUCCAGAAACUAAUUAAUGGUUCCCACCACCAGGCUCAAUGUCUAAUAAAACACACAUUAUUGGUUCCUACCUACCACUGAGAAUGGAGCAUUUGAAUUAUAUGGGUCAUGUAGCACUCUUCCAAACAAUGUUUCUUUAUUGUAACAGAUAAUUUAAAAGCAGAUCAUGUGGUGGUGGUGGGUGAGUAAUUUAGUACAUCUGCCAUAUGGUGGGGCAGAUGUCUGUAUAAAACUCUACUGAUUUCUGGAGUAGCAAAUUAUACAUGGGUUAUAAUUAAGGAUGCUAUAAAUACUAAUCAUGCUAGGAUAGAAGUAUCAAGACAAUAUUUUAGAGGUUAGGUACCUUUUGCAGAAUUUUACUUAAUAUUGAAUACGGUAAACAUUCCAAUAGAUUGUUGUAAAAUUGUCAAUAUAUUUCCAGAUUCUCUUUGUAUGUCUUCCAAAUAGCUGACAAAUGUUAAACAUUACACUUGUAUAGAAUAUAGCUUUGUAAAUUACAUACCACUGGCACAGAAUUGAUGUUUGUAUUUUUUUCCAUAGUAACAUUGAUAACUGCCUCACUUGGUUUUACCCAACUCAAUAUUUAAAUGUAGAGCAUCUUGCAACUUUAAUAAACUUAAUAAAUGGAAA